GCACCGAUCGACAGUCAUGGCGACUGCUGCCUCUUCUUGGUCGCAGCUUCCCAUCGACAUCCUCGUCUCCAUCUUCUGCGAGCUUCCGAUUCGCCAAAUUCUCCGGUGCACGCUCGUUUGCGCCCACUGGUCCGACGCCGUCCGCUCCCUCCGCUACUCUUCUCGCCUCAAGCUUCCUCCUCAGUUCCCCUGGCUAUUGUUCUCUGGCGAGCGGAGCCAUAGCGGUCUCUCCGUCGCACAUUUCUACAACCACCUGGAGAAGGCCUCCCACGCGCUGACCCUCCCCGACCCGCCCAUCCACCGCCGCCUCUGCAUCGGCUCCGCCCACGGCUGGCUCAUCACCGCCGACCACCGCUCCAUGCUCCAGCUUCUCAACCCGCUCACCGGCGAGCACGUCGACUUGCCCCACCUCCCCGACUACAUCAAGCACGUGUACAGCCUCCGCGGCGAGCUCCGGCACUUCAAGCUGGACGACUUCCCCUGGUACGUCCACCCCGGCGAGCUGCGCUCCCAGUUCUUCAAGGCGACUCUCUCCGCCAAUCCUUCCCAGGGAAGCUACACCGUCGUCCUCAUCCACGGCGGCCUAUUCAAGCUCUCGUUCGCGAGGGCCGGCGACGAGAAGUGGACGACUCUAGACGGGAUCAUGCACUGCGACGCCGCCUUCAUGGACGGAACUCUGUACGCCGCCACGAGAAGCGGCGGGGUGCAGGCGUGGGAUCUCUCUGCUCCUGAUCCGACGCUGAGGCACAUCUUGCCUGCGACAGUGGCCUCCCGGAGCCACCGCUACUACUUGGCCCGAACUCCCUCCGGCGAACUCCUGCACGUGCGCACUGAUUUCCUCUUCGGUAGUCUCUUCGAUUGCCUGACGAAUCGGAGAAUCAUCAAGGUGUCACGAGUGGACGUCGAGAGGGGACGGUCGAUCGAGGUGGGCGAUUUGGGAGGGUGCGCGCUCUUCUUAGGCAGCAACCAGUCGAUUUGCCUCUCCUCAGCUAUGUUUCCGGGGCUGGAGCCCGAUUCUGUUUAUAUAACGGAAGACGAUCGUUGCCAGAAGAAGCAAAAGGAAGACGAACAAGUUCGGAAGCUGAUGGCUUAUCGUCUGACAGACGACAAAUGCUGGUCGAUUCCAUUGCCGAACUUGAAUCGGUCGCUUCUUAUUUGGAUCACACCCAACAUCUGCAACACUGAUUAUGCUACUUAAAUCAUAACACAUCA